AUGGUCCCUGACACCAACUUACUAUCAGGUCCUUGUCCCCUCACUCACCUACUUCGUGCUCCCACCACAUCUCUCACUCAUUCCACGAGGAAGCCGCGUCGGAGCGCGAUCCCCCAGGCAGCGUGGUCAGUUCAAUCACCCAUGCUGACAUCUCUUGUUUAUGCGAACAGCAUUUCUGUUCCCACGAACGCCACUUACCAGAUACAGAAGGAAGAACUCCAUGCGUACGAACGCCACCUCUGUUCAUGCGAACGCUACUCACCUAUAGAGUGCAGACAGAACUCCGUUCGUAUGGAUGCUGGCUCCCGAACAGAGCAAGAACAGAAGUCUGCUUGUGAGAACGCUGCUGUUUCCAUGUGCGACCACACAGAGGGAAGAACUUCAGAAGAAUCAAAGCACGUGCACCGACACAGAGCCUUUUAA